AUGUUGGUGACAGGGUUGUGCCCUGGGUUGUUUGAUCUGGACCCUGACCUGUUGCCCCUUUUCCAGUACAACUGCAAGCAGUUUGCCAGCCCUCAGGAGUGCCUCUCUGCCCCUGAGUUCCUGGAUCACAUUAGGAAGGUGAUGUUGGUGAUUGAUGCUGCUGUGAACCACUUGGAGAACUUACCCUGCCUGGAAGAAUAUCUCUGCAACCUUGGCAAGAAGCAUCAGGCAGUUGGUGUGAAAGUCGAGUCUUUCUCGACUGUUGGCGAGUCCUUGCUGUACAUGCUGGAAAACUGCCUUGGUACUGCCUUCUGCCCGGACAUGCAAGAGGCUUGGACCAAACUCUAUGGUGCCGUGGUGAAAGCCAUGCAACGUGGCUGGGAUGCUCUCCCAGAAGGGGACUAGAUCCUGCGAGCCUUUCCCAUCCCUAACCUCACAGCAACCCUGUGCAGGGGAACUACUCUCUCUCUCUCUGCCUCUCCCCCUCUCUCCCCCCCCCACCCCUCUGCCUUUCUCUGUGCACCAGUCUGUCUCUGCCUCUUCCAGCCAUGUGUGCUUUAGGGCGCUCUCAGUAAUUUUGCCUUGGUUUGACACGACCUCUUCUCUGCCUUUGCUGAUGGCUGACCGGGUAUUUCUCUGCAGCAAACUGUAGGAGUGACACAGCACAGAUAUGUCAACCUUCUCCUCGGGCUAACUGGAGCAUCAUCACCAAUGUCUAUAUUCUAGUUUUCAGCUGGCUUAUCUUCCCUGCUUUUGCUACCCUCUCUAGCUCAGUGACAGCUAACGUAGGCCACUAGGGCUUCUCCACACUGGAGCGUGCCCAGCUGCAGGGCUCUUAUUUGCCAUGCUCAAGAUGUGCUGGGUCUGUCACAGUUCACUCCUCUGGCGCUGUUAUGCCUCGUUUUGCUGUGUAGGCAAUGACUAAUUUGGCUCCCUGUAGGCAUAGGGACAGCUAGGCUGCAGCCAUUUUGACCAGUGGAGGUGGCGGGAAAGGGCCACACAGUGCAGCCGCCCUCCCCUAAACUUGCAAUGUUUUUCCCCCAUACUCUUGACCCAGGCGUUCUCCCAGCAUCACUCUGGGAUGAUUGAUCCUGGUGCUCUCUUCUGCCCUGCCUCUCUCCUAGAUAGGAUCCAAGGCCUUUGCUUGUGUAAGGUUGGUCACAACUCAGUGUGUUUCGAGCAGUGGGAACACGUUAAUCCCAAGGUAAGGCUGCUUUUAACAGGUCUGGGCUGCUAGCUGGCAGGAUAUGUAUUGGCUGGGCCAUUUAUUUUAACCUGAGAGCCAGCUGAAAUGCAGCAGCAGUGGCACCUAUUUGAAAUGCUUUGUAUUAAGGAGAAGAGAGUAAGGUAAAUACAAGAAAAGCUGUCCUAGAAUAAAAAUGAAGGUGCAACCAUUCCAGCUGUUGCUCAGAGGAAGCCUGGCUAGAAUUUCUUUGCUGAUGCUGUCAGGACCUGGAGUGUGUCCCAGCUGCAUAUAAUGUGCAUUUGCAGAGCUUUCUUACCCUUUAGUAAUAACUCCCAGCCAUCCUGGAGACUUGGCCACUUCAGAGGGGAGCAAGGCACCUGAUGAGUAGUGUGCAGCAAUGCAAUGGUAGACCAGGAGUAAAGAAACAGCAUCUGUCAGAUGAAAUGCAAGGCAGAUGGCUGAGAAGCAGCAUUUGAUGACUCUCAUGGGAGGUGAACUUGGGCACUUUGAAGAAGAGAUCAUCUUGACCGGGGAGUCGCUGUGGGACAGGUGGAACUGUAUUUCUAGCUGUCACUAGCCCUUGGGCAAGGAUACAGAGCAAGUAAUCAUUUACAAGCAGCAUCCUUGUUUGCCCCUCCAUGUCUCCCUCACCCAGCUGUCCCACAGCACCACUUCUUGUGUCUGCUGUGCCACAGGGCUGGGCCACCCAGUGCAUGGCCACUGUGCACUAACUCCUGCUGUGGUCACUAGCCUUGCUGGCUGCGUAGCAGAAAAGUGGUCAGAGCACCGAGCAUCCACCUGGGAGCUGUGAAAGGGGCCUCUUCCUUUUUGUCCCCUAUUUGCACCCUGACUCCAGGGAAUAUGUCUCCCUAGCACGCCAGCAGGGUGUGAGGAGCCCAACGGCAGGGCUGAAAUGCUCCCCAUCCAGAGGUGUGCUCCUCCGAAACUCACACGUCCUCUGCUCUGGGGCAGGAGAGGGCUGCCACAGCAACUCUCCUCUCCUACCUGCUCAGUGGUGCUGGGCUCCACUUUGCAGUCUCGCAGGGUACUGUUGUGCUUCCUUGUCCAAGGCUCUCGCCAUCAGUGGGGCCGACUGUACACCGGCACUUUUUCCUCAUUUUUGCUCCAGGCCGGUCAGGGAUACAGGGACUGGCACUGGGUGGAGGUGCUGGCCGCAGCACUGCCAUGCGGGGCACGAGGGUUCAGGAACGGGAACAGGGCAUCUGGAACCCUGUUCUGGGGGUGUCAGCCCUCAGCAUCACAGGGAGAAACCCUUUGACUCUGCAUGACAGGUAGACAGAAAUGUUAUGGAUGGGGUGCGUGUGUGUGUGUGUAUUACUGCACUAAAGGAACCCUUCUUUCUCUGGCUUUCCCAGCUCCUUGGCUUCCCCUCUUCUGUGUCAUGCUCUGUGUAAUUCCUAAGAGAAAGCAACUUGUCUGUGUGCCUCUUACACCCAGCUAUACUAUUUAAUAAAGAACAGCAGUGAGGCUGUGCCCUGUCUGCA